GCCCCAUCUCUCUGUCUUAGGCUUUGCCCACUCACACAACAAACAUACCCUUAAAUUCUUUUUCUUCUUCCCCAUCCUCCAUCACCGCCUUUUACAUCCAUCUUUUGCAGCCUUCCUGCAACUUCUCAUUCCACUUCCAUGUCUCGAGCCCCAUGUAUGAGUUGGAUCAAAGAUUAAUCAGAAAAAGCAAAUAAGAAUGGCUGAUCUUGUUAAAUGCGUCUAAUCACUUCUUCUUUCCCUAAAUAGUUAAAGCACUUCAUGCUUUUGCAUUCAAAGAAUCAAACUUUACUGCUGUAUAUGUAAUCUCCAGAAAUUGGGUAUCUUUUUGUUAUUUAAUCAAGCGUGAAGAAGACACAAUCAGAGAUCAUCUGGGCCAUUCGAGCAUCUGAAACUUCCAUAACCUGGGAAUGUCGAACACGGCGGCAGGGGAUCCUCUGCAGCAGCCGCCGCCGACGGUGAUGGAGCAAGAAGCUUACAGGAGCCGUGCGGGCCGCGGGUCAGUCGGACCAGUAGUUGGUGUUCUUGCGCUGGUAGCCGUUCUGGGGGUAAUAGCUGUCAUGAUCGGCAGGCUGUGUUCCGGCCGGCGAGUAAUGGGUCGCGGGCGGUACGACUUCGAGAGCUGGUUUGAGGCCAAAUGUGCGUCUUGCAUCGACGGCAGGAUCGAGCCGACGCCGCGGACGGUGGUGCCUGAGAGCGGUGGAGCGACGGAACCCGUGGCGGCGGAAGAAGCACCGCCUCAAGAAAACCGGGAAGAAGAGAUUAGCGGCCGGCGAACAGAAUAAUAGUGAUCACAUGGUACAACUCAAAUCCUGAAGUGGGGCCUGGCCG